UAUAUUUGUCUCCACCCUCCAUCCGCGUGGUUGACUCUGCCAGAUUCGCUCCUCGACUUCCGCCCCACCAUCUAACUUUGUCCUCCCGUUCGUGCAUCUUCCCCAGCUCGUCCCGGAUUUGCGUCGGACAUGCCUGGAGUGACUUCCCACCUCUCGAAGGUCGGACCCAGACGGUUUAGGCUGCCUCAUGCCCCAGCCCGGAGGCCCGCCAUCCGCUCACCGGCAAAUGAAGCCUCAAUCGCGUCUACCUCAAAACCUCGAGACCGUCCCAAGUUUCCCUGCGUUGAGGCGCACGCGGCUCGAGAGUCACGCCUUCGCUCCUCGCGACAGUCGUCAAAUCUUGCGACUUCUUCGCCAUCCACAUCUCGCGCCUUACCUCCAAGCGCGGAGCCAGAGCCGCCGUACGAGCGGCCAAAUCCACGGUCCUACAAGACUUACAACCACUCAAAACCCCUCCCCUUAACCUACGCUCCGGCAUUACCUGAGUUUGACAUCGCGUACGAGACUUGGGGCACUCUGUCUCCGGCGAAGGACAACGUCAUUCUCCUGCACACAGGCCUGUCCGCGUCGUCACAUGCUGCCUCUACGGACCUCAACCCAUCCGAAGGGUGGUGGGAGAAGUUCAUCGGCCCUGGUCGUGCCCUCGAUACGAACCAAUUUUUCAUCAUUUGUACAAACGUCCUCGGCGGCUGCUAUGGCUCGACCGGCCCUUCGUCAAUCGACCCCACGACAGGUCAGCGGUACGCGACGCGUUUCCCGAUCCUCUCUAUCUUCGACAUGGUCCGGGCGCAAUUCUGCCUCCUCGACCACCUCGGGAUUCAUCAAUUGUAUGCAAGCGUCGGAUGCUCGAUGGGCGCAAUGCAAAGCCUUGCUGCAGGCUGGCUGCACCCCGAACGCGUCGGCAAGGUGGUGAGCAUUAGUGGGACCACGCGCAGCAGCCCUGGCGCAAUCGCUAUGCGUUUCGCGCAACGUAGUGUGCUGAUGGCAGACCCCAAUUGGAACAACGGUUUCUAUUAUGACGGUUUGCCGCCGCACACUGGCAUGAAGCUCGCCCGGCAAAUUGCCACUAUCACUUACCGGUCAGGUCCUGAAUGGGAUCAGAGAUUUGGGCGUAGGCUGCGACCCGCACCGCAGUCCGCACUAUCCACGGGCGCGGAGGACUCGGGUUCUCCACGCGUACCAGCGCUCUGCCCUGACUUCUUGAUAGAAACAUAUCUUGACUAUCAGGGCGAAUCAUUCUGUCUCAAGUACGACGCCAAUUCGCUCAUUUAUAUUUCCAAGGCAAUGGAUGUCUUCGAUUUGACAAGCUCUGCGCUCGCCGAGCUGAGGCUGACACCUCCGCCACCACGUUCGGCACCUCCGCCGCUCCCACCAUCCCUGGUUUCGCAACCUUCUUCGCCUGCACAUCAGCAUUACCACUGGCUCACGUCACAUUCGAAGUCGCAUCCACCACCACCAAACCCGCCGGCUCACUUACCGGAGCUGGCAGAGGGACUGCGGCCUUUGGCUAACACGCCAACGCUCAUACUCGGCGUGCAGAGCGACAUCCUGUUCCCCGUCGAGCAGCAGCGGGAGGUAGCGGAUGCUCUGCGUAUGACAGGGAACAAUAUGGUGAGCUACUAUGAGCUCGGUGGCGUGUGGGGCCAUGAUACAUUCCUGCUCGACGUACAAAACGUCGGAGGCGCUAUUCGAGGCUUCCUGUCAUGACCACGCCGUUGUCAUUUCCCUACGUCACUCAUCGCAUUCAGUAGCAGCACGAGAUUCAUACAGUAUGUAUGCCAAUCAUACCAAUGCAACCAGUUGGGUACAGUCUAGCAAUACGUACCCUCAUUAACGAACCGCACGCCGAAUUUGCACCUAUAUGACCUCGAGUGCAAGUACCAACAAUGCAUGGCUGAGAUUCAUACUAUAGCUACAUUGGCACGCGUGU